AUGACAAGCGCAGACAAUGGCGUGCAGCUGACCGCGGCGAGGACGGAGGCCAGCCCUCUGCUGCCUGUGACCGCAGCCUCCCGCGGACCGGAGGACACGCGGGGCGCCUGCCAGCACCACAUGCGCUUCGUGGCGGCCGUGCUGCUCGGCGCCUGCGCCCUGGCCGCCGGCUGCCUGGCGGCGGGGCUGCCCCCCGCGCUGGCGUCGAGCGGGCGUCGCGACGCCCCGCUGCUGCCGCCGCCGCCCUCCGCCUCCGCGCUGGGCGCCUUCCGCCACGCCGCCGUCAGCGCCGACACCGCCGCCUGCCCCGCCGUCGGCAGGGACGUGCUGGCGAGGAACGGCUCGGCGGUGGACGCCGCCGUCGCGACGCUGCUCUGCCAGGGCGUCGCGGCGCCGCACCUCAGCGGCCUGGGCGGCGGCUUCUUCAUGGUGGCGUACUCCCCGCGCGGCGGCGCCGUGGCGCUCGACGCGCGCGAGACGGCCUCCCGCGACGCCGCCGCCGACGACGUCACGCCCCGCGGCGGCAAGUCCGUGGCUGUGCCCGGGAUGGCCCGCGGCCUGUGGGAGGCGCACCAGAAGUUCGGCAAGCUGCCGUGGGCCGCGCUGGUGCAGCCGUCCAUCAGGCUGAGCGAGCACGGGGUUCCCGUGUCCGCCACCCUGGCGCAGCACCUGCGCGCGCACAGGGACCUGGUCGAGGCCGACCCCGUCCUCAGGGAGGUGUUCACUGACGCCGCGAGUGGCGCCCUGCUGCGCGAGGGGGACGUGCUGAGGAACCGGCGCAUGGCGGCGACCCUGAGGGCGGUCGCCCGGGAAGGCGGAGAGGCCCUGCACAGCGGCCCGCUGGCGGCCGCCCUCUCCCGGGACAUCUGCCGGGCCGGGGGCGCAGUCACCGCCCGGGACCUGGCCGGCUACAGGCCGGCGUGGAGGGGAGUGGUGACGGCGCGCCUGCAGCUGCCGCGCCUGGGCCCGCUGGAGCUGCACACCUCGCCGGCGCCCAGCUCGGGCCCGGUGCUCGCGCACGUCCUCAACGUGCUGGAGGCCUUCAACAUGACGGCCGCCGACGAGCGGGGCGCGCGCGGCCGGGUGGUGUUCCUGCACCGCCUCGUCGAGGCGUUCAAGCACGCCUUCUCCAAGCGGCCGUGGCUGGGGGACCCGGGCUUCGUCGACAUGGACGAGGUGAUGGCGCUGCUGCUGUCCAAGGCCCACGCCCGCUCCGUGAGGCGGCGCAUCAGCGACUUCAGGACGGAGGACGAGGCCUCGUCCUACGGCCCGCUCGUCGCGCAGCCCGAGGACUCGGGGACGACCCACGUCAGCGUCCUGGGCCCCGGCGGGGACGCGGUCGCCAUCACUGCGUCCUUGAACCACAGGUUCGGCGCGGGCUUCAUGUCGAACGCGACGGGCCUCCUGCUCAACAGCCACAUGGACGACUUCUCCCGCCCAGGGGCGCCCGGAGACGCCGCGACGCCGUCCUACAACAACUUCGUGGAGCCGGGCAAGCGGCCCCUGUCCUCCAUGACGCCGAGCAUCUUCACGGAGCCCGGGGGCCGCGUGCGGCUGGUCGUGGGCGCGUCCGGGGGCCCGAGGAUCGUCACCAGCGUGGCGCUCGUGUGUGCCAGGCAUUUAUGGUUGGAUGACGAUCUGAAGCAAGCGAUCGAUGCCAGGAGAGUCCACCACCAGUUCAUUCCGAACACCUUGCAACACGAACACGGCCUGACAAGGCAAGUGCUCCAAGGGCUCCGCCACCGAGGUCACCGCACCCUGGAGGCGCGCGGCACUUUCUCCGUGGUGUGCGCCGUGGGACGCGCGCAAGACGGCUCCGUCUUCGCCAACUCCGACUUCAGACACGGCGGCGCGGUCGAAGGGCUGGACUGACGCGCGUUUCCGCUGCUGCUUGUUCGUCGCGUUUUCAACAUUAUUCCGCCCGCGCGCUAGGCAGCUGUAAACCCGAAAUCAUUUGUGAAGAAUUACGUAUAUACAUAUUAUAAAGGUUAUGUUCUGCCCAUAAUCUGCAAUGAGUGUUUCUUUUUACGACUUACAAUACUUAAAGUUGUUGCUUGGUA